AGGAAAAAUCCGGGUGUGACGAUUAUUUCCAGCAGAAAUGCUAGUGUCGUGCACCGUCGACAGCGACACCGACCAGCUUCUGCCGGAUGCCCGGAGUCGACCGAAAAUUAUGGUGAUUAUGGGGGCGAACAAACGCAGAGGAGUGAGUCCUUCUGUGGCAUCGAUCUCUAUGGACGACGUACGGAAUAUCGGGUGUCCGCAACUGCUUCAUUACCCUCAUCAGUCGCAGCCGCAGUCACGACACCAUCAGCAACAACAAACACGUCGCAUGUUGCCAACAAUAGACCGUGAAAAUCAUCAGCAUCAGCAUUCCGUGUUCACCGUGUGUCCCGUUGAUCAGCGACUCUGGGAACUGUGUCCUUUUAUGGUGAUUAUGGGGGCGAACAAACGCAGAGGAGUGAGUCCUUCUGUGGCAUCGAUCUCUAUGGACGACGUACGGAAUAUCGGGUGUCCGCAACUGCUUCAUUACCCUCAUCAGUCGCAGCCGCAGUCACGACACCAUCAGCAACAACAAACACGUCGCAUGUUGCCAACAAUAGACCGUGAAAAUCAUCAGCAUCAGCAUUCCGUGUUCACCGUGUGUCCCGUUGAUCAGCGACUCUGGGAACUGUGUCCUUGUAGAAUCAAGAUGCGGGCGAGAAUAGAGAAGAUUGGACACGAGUCUGCCGAGGAUCUGUACCCGAUUUUCAUUCCAGAAUUCAUGGGCCCGGGUGGCAGAGACGACGGGCCGACUCGACGGGGGGAAACUGAUGACCUGUCGCAAUCCGACGACGCGGACAGUGUCGACGCUCAGAUGCGUGACCGCAGCAUGAGUCUCCCGAAACGGGUCCUGGAAUUGCAUCCGCUUCACAUGCACGUUCGCCGAAAAUCGUCAGUCAGCUCGACCAGCUCCUCAGAUGGCGGCAGCAAUGACAAUCAGCACCAGAACAACCACAGCCACAACCACCACCACCACCAUCACCAUCACCAUCAAGGACCACUUUCCAAGGCCCUGGCAGCCAUCGACACCAACCUGAGGCGAUUGUCUCUACAUUCCUUGGAGCACUGGCGGCAACGCAACCGGUCGGGAUCGACGCAGAGUGCAGAAUAUCCUGCCGGCAGCUACGCGCAAAUAAAGCACGUGGACUUUGACCUGAUGCCCCAUGCCACUCUCCGUGUGAAAAACGGCGGAUCGCAAAAAUUCCUCAACGGGUCGAUCGACAGUCUAAACUCGAAUAUGGAAGACUCUCAUUUUCUGGGUGUCAAGAGCCAUCAUAAUCCGGUCUCCAAGUUACACUCGACGCCGGACAAAUACCGCAUUACCCGACGUCCGCCAGUCGUCAGCCAUCAACGUCGAUUCCGACCACGUUCCCAAAGCGUCUCUUCAGUGCGAACCUAAAUUGCUUCUCAUUUACGUAUCGUGAUAUUUGGUGCACGUGAGAUCAUCUCAGCAUAUGUGCGAGGAUGAAGAGAAGAGACUUUGGGAUUUAGCUUGGGUCGUUAUAUUAUUCUCGCGAACUGUUACGAUUCCACUCGGCAUAGUUCUGUAUGUGGUGAUUUUAUUUUCACGUCUUACUUAUCACAUUCGAAUGGGAUAUUCAAGGGAAAUUAUUUUAAAUAUCUCGUGAUGGAAUGAGCUUCAGCAGUCGUUCAUCUAGAUUUCGGAAAGAAAAAGGAAAAGCGUGACAGCUAUCUUGUAUCUGAUUAUUGGUUAGUGGAUGCGAAUUAAAUAUCCAGUGGGUUGAAUCAGAGCGAUUUGAUUUGCGCCUUUGCGAUUUAAAACUUGGAGCUUUAUUGGCAACUGAAUUUUUUUUUACCAAAUGUUUUCUUCGAACGUGUGUACAAGUGAAUGGUCCGAGGUGAUGAGCUCGGAAAUGUUUUGAAGACAUUAUUGUGACCGCUUCCACCGUGACGGAUAAUUCUUUUCGGGGUUGCUUUUUUGGGGGGUUUGUGUCCUGUACAAACUCUGAACUUUAGUGCAAACUUAGCUGCUGUAAAUUUGCGUGAUAGUUGAGGGUUUUCGCCGUUGAUUUCGAAUGCGCUGUUUUUUUAUUUUAUUGGAAGUCGUGUUGAGUCACGUGUUUGGUGAAAAACGACCGGCACAUUUUGUGGGGUUGUUUGUUGCGUUCGCAGCUUGGGUGUCAUAAAAUUCUUUAUUUGCGAUGAUA